CGUCGUGAGACGCCCCUCAGGUCUGCUAGCCGGUGGGAACCAUAGCCGGAGCUUUGCCAAUGGUAGUGCCGGCCCCAGCCUCUCCCCGUCGAGAGCGGAUUGCAGAAAGCCUUUGAGGACAUUUUAAGGAGUAAAAUCCUAGCAAGAGGAUAAAAAUCUGCAGCUCACCAGGAUGGCAGGAGCCUCAGUAAAAGUGGCAGUGCGGGUGCGUCCUUUCAAUUCCCGAGAAAUGGGCAAGGAUUCCAAAUGCAUCAUACAAAUGACAGGAAACACUACAACUAUCAUUAAUCCAAAGCAGCCCAAAGAGACACCCAAAAGUUUCAGCUUUGACUAUUCCUACUGGUCUCACACAACUCCUGAAGACAUAAACUAUGCUUCACAAAAACAAGUAUACCUGGACAUUGGAGAGGAGAUGCUGCAGCAUGCUUUUGAAGGUUAUAAUGUCUGCAUUUUUGCCUACGGCCAGACUGGGGCUGGCAAGUCAUAUACAAUGAUGGGUAAACAAGAGAAGGACCAACAAGGCAUAAUUCCCCAGCUGUGCGAGGAUCUCUUCUCUCGAAUCAAUGACACAACAAAUGACAAUAUGUCCUACUCAGUGGAGGUGAGCUACAUGGAAAUAUACUGUGAACGUGUACGUGACCUCCUCAAUCCCAAGAAUAAAGGAAACCUGAGGGUCAGAGAGCACCCACUCCUUGGACCAUAUGUUGAAGAUCUCUCAAAACUAGCGGUUACUUCAUAUAAUGACAUUCAGGAUUUAAUGGACUCUGGGAACAAAGCAAGGACAGUAGCAGCCACUAAUAUGAAUGAAACCAGCAGCCGCUCGCAUGCGGUUUUCAAUAUUAUCUUCACCCAGAAGAGACACGAUGCAGAGACAGACAUCACCACUGAAAAGGUCAGCAAAAUCAGCUUGGUGGAUCUUGCAGGAAGUGAACGGGCUGACUCCACAGGAGCAAAAGGCACAAGACUUAAGGAAGGAGCAAAUAUCAAUAAAUCACUAACAACCUUAGGAAAAGUGAUCUCUGCUCUAGCUGAAAUGGAUUCAGGACCAAAUAAGAAUAAGAAGAAAAAAAAGUCAGACUUCAUUCCAUAUCGAGAUUCAGUACUUACUUGGCUGCUCCGAGAAAAUCUAGGUGGUAACUCCCGGACUGCUAUGGUUGCUGCUCUCAGCCCUGCUGAUAUUAAUUACGAUGAGACUCUCAGCACUUUAAGAUAUGCAGAUCGUGCUAAGCAAAUCAGAUGCAAUGCUGUCAUUAAUGAGGAUCCCAACAACAAGCUGAUCAGAGAACUUAAAGAUGAAGUGGCUCGCCUCAGAGACCUGUUGUAUUCCCAAGGCCUGGGAGAUAUCAUAGAUAUGACCAAUGCCUUGGUAGGAAUGAGCCCAUCCUCCUCACUCUCCGCUUUGUCCAGUCGAGCUGCCUCAGUCAAUAGUCUACAUGAGCGGAUCAUGUUUGCUCCGGGUAGUGAAGAAGCCAUUGAAAGACUCAAGGAAACGGAGAAGAUAAUUGCGGAGCUGAAUGAAACAUGGGAAGAAAAACUGCGCAGAACAGAAGCAAUUCGUAUGGAGAGAGAAGCUUUGCUGGCAGAAAUGGGAGUGGCUAUGAGAGAAGAUGGUGGUACCUUGGGGGUAUUUUCUCCUAAAAAGACACCACAUCUGGUCAACUUAAAUGAAGACCCACUGAUGUCUGAGUGCCUUCUGUAUUACAUUAAAGAUGGAAUAACCAGGGUUGGUCGAGAAGAUGGUGAGAGGAGACAGGACAUUGUACUUAGUGGUCACUUCAUCAAAGAAGAGCACUGCAUAUUCCGAAGUGACACUAAAUCUGGCAGUGAAGCUAUUGUGACCCUGGAACCUUGUGAGGGUGCAGAUACUUAUGUCAAUGGAAAGAAAGUUACAGAACCCAGCAUCUUAAGAUCAGGAAAUCGCAUCAUCAUGGGGAAAAGCCAUGUAUUUCGAUUUAAUCAUCCGGAGCAGGCACGGCAAGAGAGGGAACGAACACCUUGUGCAGAAACUCCUGCUGAACCAGUGGAUUGGGCUUUUGCCCAGAGGGAAUUGCUAGAGAAACAAGGCAUUGAUAUGAAGCAGGAAAUGGAACAGAGGCUUCAGGAACUGGAAGAUCAAUACCGAAAGGAAAGAGAAGAGGCUAAUUACCUUCUGGAACAACAAAGACUUGAUUACGAGAGUAAAUUAGAGGCUUUACAAAAGCAAAUGGACUCAAGAUACUACACUGAAGCUAAUGAGGAAGAGGAGGAGCCUGAGGAUGAAGUUCAGUGGACAGAGCGAGAGUUUGAGUUGGCACUCUGGGCCUUUAGGAAGUGGAAAUGGUAUCAGUUUACAUCUCUUCGAGACCUGCUGUGGGGCAAUGCCAUUUUCUUGAAGGAGGCCAAUGCGAUCAGUGUGGAACUGAAGAAAAAGGUUCAGUUUCAGUUUGUACUCCUCACAGACACCUUAUACUCACCUCUGCCUCCAGACCUUCUUCCUCCAGAUGCUGCCAAAGACCGGGAGAAACGUCCUUUCCCAAGGACCAUUGUGGCAGUAGAGGUGCAGGACCAGAAAAAUGGAGCAACCCAUUAUUGGACUCUGGAGAAACUCAGGCAGAGGUUGGACUUGAUGCGGGAGAUGUAUGAUCGGGCAGCUGAAGUACCCUCUAGUGUUAUAGAAGACUGUGAUAACGUGGUGACAGGCGGAGACCCCUUUUACGAUCGCUUUCCUUGGUUCAGGCUGGUUGGCAGUUCAGAUAUCUCUGGCUGCAACAGCUCUCCUAUUUUCAACACAUGCAUGAGCGAGCGCAUGGCUGAUCUCACCCCCUCCCCCACCUUCUCGAACCCUGACUCCGACAUCACCGAGCCUGCUGACGAGCAGCACGUGGGGAAGGAGGAGGAGGAGGAGGACCUGGAGGAAGACAUCUUUCCGGAGUACCCGCUGUAUGAUGGCCAGGAUCCAUUUUACGACCGCUCCCCCCUGUUCAGUUUAGUAGGAAGAGCAUUUGUGUAUCUCAGCAACUUGCUAUACCCUGUACCUUUGGUCCAUCGUGUUGCCAUUGUCAGCGAGAAGGGGGAAGUUAAAGGAUUCCUGCGGGUAGCAGUUCAGGCCAUUUCAGCUGAUGAAGAAGCACCAGAUUAUGGCUCAGGAGUGCGGCAGUCAGGAACGGCUAAAAUUUCCUUUGAUGAUCAGCACUUUGAGAAGUUCCAGUCUGAAUCCUGUCCUGCAGUGGGAAUGUCUCGCUCUGGAACAUCACAAGAGGAGCUGCGCAUAGUAGAAGGACAGGGACAAAUUACUGAUAUAGGGCCAUCGGCAGACGAAGUCAACAACAACACUUGUGCAGCCACUCCAGAAGAUAUUCUCCUGGAGAGUUCCGAGAAAUCCACAGUUGAUGGACCUUUUGAGGCAGUUUUGGAGCACUUGAAAUUGGGCAGCAUUUUCACUUUCAGAGUUACUGUUCUACAGGCCUCCAGCAUCUCAGCAGAAUAUGCGGACAUCUUCUGCCAAUUUAACUUUAUUCACCGCCAUGAUGAAGCCUUCUCUACUGAGCCCUUGAAGAACACUGGUCGAGGCCCACCUCUUGGCUUUUAUCAUGUUCAGAAUAUUGCUGUUGAGGUCACUAAAUCCUUUAUUGAAUACAUUAAAAGCCAGCCAAUUGUCUUUGAGGUGUUUGGCCAUUAUCAGCAGUAUCCUUUCCCCCCUCUCUGCAAGGAUGUACUCAGCCCCCUAAGACCAUCUCGCCGCCAUUUUCCUCGUGUUAUGCCAUUAUCAAAACCAGUGCCUGCAACAAAAUUGAGUGCCAUGACAAGACCCAGUAUUGGCCCAUGUCAAUGCAAGUAUGAUCUCAUGGUCUUCUUUGAGAUCUGUGAGCUGGAAGCUAAUGGCGACUAUAUCCCAGCCGUUGUGGAUCAUCGUGGAGGAAUGCCUUGCCAUGGGACUUUCCUAUUGCAUCAGGGUAUCCAAAGGAGGAUUACAGUCACCUUGGUGCAUGAGACAGGGAGCCACAUCCGCUGGAAGGAAGUGAGGGAGCUGGUUGUGGGUCGAAUCCGGAACACUCCAGAAGGAGAUGAGUCCCUCAUUGAUCCCAAUAUCCUCUCUUUGAACAUCCUGUCUUCAGGAUACAUCCGGCCCUCUCAGGAUGAUCGGCAGUUUCUUGAUUCGGAUAUGCCUAGGACUUUUUACCAGUUUGAAGCUGCGUGGGAUAGCUCCAUGCAUAACUCUUUGCUCCUGAAUCGUGUUACUCCUUACAGAGAAAAAAUCUACAUGACCCUCUCUGCUUAUAUUGAGAUGGAGAACUGCACCCAACCUGCUGUCAUCACCAAAGAUUUUUGUAUGGUCUUUUACUCCAGAGAUGCCAAACUCCCUGCUUCUAGAUCAAUCCGCAAUCUUUUUGGAAGUGGAAGCCUUCGAGCUUCAGAAAGUAACCGUGUGACCGGAGUCUAUGAGCUCAGCCUCUGCCGAGUUGCUGAUGCUGGCAGUCCAGGUAUGCAAAGGAGACGAAGGCGUGUGCUGGACACCUCUGUGGCCUACGUACGAGGAGAAGAGAAUUUAGCUGGGUGGCGACCCCGUAGUGAUAGUCUCAUCUUGGAUCAUCAGUGGGAACUGGAAAAACUGAGUCUUCUACAAGAAGUUGAGAAAACAAGACAUUAUCUGCUCUUGCGUGAGAAGUUGGAGACAACUCAGCGCUUAGGUCUGGAUUCCUUGUCCUCAAGCUCCAGUGAAGAUUCUGAUUCCCGUAGCACAUCUUAUGUUUCAUCUCCAAUCUCUGCAGAUGGUACCCCAGAAGGGAGGCCUUUACCUCUUGAUAUUCCUAGUGAGAGACAGAAAGAACUUGCAGUCAAGUGCUUGCGCCUUCUUACACACACUUUUAACAGAGAGUACAGCCAUAGCCAUGUGUGUGUCAGUGCAAGUGAGAGCAAGCUAUCUGAAAUGUCAGUGACUCUGCUGAGAGACCCCUCCAUGUCAGGCCUUGGUAGUGCAACUUUGACCCCCUCCUCAACCUGUCCAUCCCUGAUCGAAGGCCAUUAUAGUGCUACAGAAGCCAGAACUCUCCAGCUCCCUUCCAGAGUAGAAAGUCCUGAAAUUGAGCUCACCAUCGAAGGAGAGAAGAAAAAAUCCCCUGUUUGUGGGCCCGAGGAGGAUAAGGAAAUCCAGCGUCUAUUGGUUCCUGAUAUUCAAGAGAUUCGGGUCAGCCCUAUUGUCUCCAGAAAAGGCUACUUACACUUUCUGGAACCCCAUACAAAUGGGUGGGUGAAACGCUAUGUGGUUGUGAGACGCCCCUAUGUCUACAUCUACAACAGCGACAAAGAUUCUGUGGAGAGAGCAGUCCUCAAUCUCUCAUCAGCUCAGGUGGAAUACAGUGAAGACCAGCAGGCAAUGCUAAAAACCCCUAACACUUUUGCAGUGUGCACUGAACAUCGUGGAAUUCUGCUACAAGCAAGCAAUGAUAAGGACAUGCAUGAUUGGCUGUAUGCCUUUAACCCUCUCCUGGCUGGAUCAAUAAGAUCCAAAUUAUCAAGACGAACAACAACCCAGGCAAGAAUUUAACUUAAAAGAUCUGCCCACCUCAAAAAAAUCCAGAAAAGUGAAAUAAUGGGUGCUGUUGGAAGAUCCCCAUCUGAAAAUUGGAAUUUUCCUGUCAUUCGUCUCCUCAGAUGCCUGUGCCUCAGAGUGAUCCAUUAUGAGUUACAGCUUCAUUGGGCAAACUCAUUUCCUUGAGUAAUUUUAAAAGGGUACUAUUCCCUGGAAUUCUUGCACAUAUGUGAUCUUCCACUCUUCUCUUUAUUGGGUGGCUUAUGACUACUAACAAAGCAAGAGUUUUUUUUCUUUCUUUCCUUCUGUUUUUUUUAAUUCCUAAAUCAAUUGUUCAAUUUAAAGAGAGAGGAAUUUGCAAGAGUGAACCUUAAUGCUAUUUAAAGAGAUAAGUGAUAGAAUUAUGUGCUGCUAAUUCAUUACUUACUGUUGACAUUUUACAAAUUACUUGAUAGAGAAAGAGUAGUAUGAGAUUAUAUUUAUAAAGUAUUUAUUUCUAUUUACUUCACUGAAAAUAAUAUGCAUUCUGUUAAUCAUGUGUUUCGGGGUCUCCCCUAACUUAUGCAUAUUCCUGAUGCUGGACUGCAUUUUUGGUAAAGGAAGAGAUACCCAAAGGAACCAGGGUGGUGAUGCAAGAAGAAUCCAUCUCUGUUUUAUGUGGCUAUUUUUAGUUUCUUUUCAAGCUGCAUCUACUGUCUGGACAUUCCUUUCUAGUGUGUUUCACUAACAACAUUCUCCCCUUCCUUACCUGCUCCCCUCCACUAACACACAGUUUUUGUUUUUUAAAUGCUGUGACUAAAAGCAAAGGAACAGCAAUAGAAAAUAGAGGAAGCAGGGUUUUUUCCCCUUUCUGCUGCUUUUUUUCUUGUAGGGUGGCUUACAUUUUUCUGUUGGAUAAAAUGAAGUUGUAAAUACAUACAAGAGCAUAAGCAGUGACCUGCUGGAUUGGACCGCUGGCCAAUCUAGCCCAGCAGCUUGUUCUCACAGUGGCCAACCAACUGCACAAGGAACCCCACUAGUCUCUCAGCAGAUGGCCUUCAGAGGCAGUCACCCUGCUAUAAAGGCUAAUAACCACCAAGCCCCACUAUUUCUAUGAAUUGGUCCAACCCUUUUUUGAAGCCAGUCAAGCUGGUAGCCAGCACCACGUAUUCUAAGCAGAAUAAUUUGUGAAGGAAAAGUUUAAACAGGUCCCCCUCCCAAGUAUUCUUUUGCUCCCAGAAUAUUGCUUUUCAUUAAUUAAAAGAGCCCAUGAAGAGGGAAGUAUAGCAAGCGCUGACCUUGUCUUAAUAAGGAUUAACAGCUGGCACUGAACAUGUGCUGUUCCUAAAAAGAAAAUGUUGGUGAGGGAGCUGCUUAAUCCUUUCCUUGUUGCCAAAUAUUAUUCAUGGCAUGGAAGUUUUUCUCUACCCUAUUGCCCUUUCACUGAGUUAGGGCUGUGGUUCCCAGAUUUCCCUGUCAACAUGGUCAUAGUAGCUCUACGUGUGGAAGAUACCAGAUGAAAGAAAGCUAGCAGGACUGGGAGAAGUUGGAAUGCUUCUCAUUAGUGAUGUCAUAGGUAAUAUUUAAUUAUAGUGUAAUAUAGCCAUUUGAAAGAGUAUGGCUGUACUCUUUGAGAAGGAAGGGUGAACAGAAGGCGAUAUACGCAGUGCAAACUCAAGAGAUGGUGUCGUCUUCCCACAGCAAAGAAAGAACUAUUUGUUGGUUGCACUUAAAACUGAUUGUCUGAAAAAGAUAGCUUGUUGUUUUCUUUUCUGAGAAAAGUAGGUUUAGAGAAUUUAGUGGGAAUAUAGCAAAGAUGAAUGGGAUCUUUAUGCAGAAAAGGGUAUGCCUUUCUGUCACUAUAGGAAGUGAAGCUGUUAAAAAUCUCCUUCAAAAUAUACUUGUUAUCUCACUGCUUUUUUUUCUUUUUCAAGUGUUAGAAUUCCAAGUGGAAUGGACCAAUUGGAAAAUGAAGCUGACCAAAGCAUAGACACUGAAAAAUCAAUCAAUCCCUAGCACUAAGUAGUUGAGGAAGAUAUUUUCAUUUUUAUUAAAUUUUUAGAGUAAACUUAAAAGCAGAAGUGUUUUAUCUCAGAGUUCUUGUUUUUGGUGAUUUUUUUUAAUAAAAUGGGUAUCUAUGUAAGCCAACCUUUGGCAAGCCUCUGAAGAUCCCCAGCCCUUCUAACGUAUGUUCUUAGGAAUGUGGCAUAUUUCACUAAUAGUGAAUCUUGAUUUGCACAGCAUGGAUACACUUUGGUUUCAUUGUCUCCCACUUUUUUGUUGCAUCCAUUGGUCCUUUGUGUGAUGCCCAGAUGAAAGUUUGUUUAAGGAUGUAGAGUUUGAAUUUCAUGUGCAUGUGAUGUGAGAUGUGUGAAUAUAAAGGCAAGAAUGUCACAAUCCCUUCGGCAUAGAUUCAGCGGAUUGGCAAAAGUGUCCCAGAGGUUCAAAAAUACAGGUUUCAGCAGGAAUAACUCCAGAAUCCUUUUAUAAUAUUGUAGUCUCUGGCUGGAAGAUACUUGCUGGGUUCACACAACAUUAUCAAACCAAUUGCUUCUUUUUUAGCUUACAUUGUUGUGUGAAUCCAGAAAAUGUGGAUGUUUUAUGAUUUGGUGUGUUGUAUAAAAUUAGUUAACUGUAAUUUAUUCUGUAAACCAUGACUUAAUGGUGUUUGAACACAGCCACUAUAUAAUUGUGAGAUUUUCUACAUAUUUCUUUCUGAUUAACUCUCUUAAGAUAGCAUUUCUUUCCUUCAAGAAACUCCACUCUUAAACAUUUAUAGGACAAAGCCUAGUAGAUCCAAUCUCUUACUGAUCUGAGGCCAAAACUGAGAAUCAUGGACCCCUCCAGAUAUUACUGAACUGCAGCUAUCAGCUGCUGCCUGAAGUGUAGAUAAUGAUGAAAGAUGCUGGAAGCUGUAGUUCAGCAAAUCUAUGAGGAAUCCAGGUUUCCAUUCUUUUACCUUACGUAAACACUUGUCUUGCUCUUUUAAGAAUUAUUCUUAGCACUAGUUCUUAAUUCUGAUCAGUCAAACACUAAUUAGGUUGGGACAACUGUUUGGGCAGAAUGUUAUCCUAAUUUAAAUGCACAAGAAAGGUAUUUCUACUGCCCAUUCAGUGAGAUUUAAGAGAUUGUCAAGUGACAGUUUUAUUUACUUUAAUCUUCAUUAUUUACUCUUUGUGUUUGAAAAAUAGCAAAGAAUUAUAAUCAUGACUUUAAAAACAGCCUUGAUAGGCAAUUUUAUUCAUUUCAGCUUUCCAGCCUGAAGCUGCUUCCAGACAAUGUGUUUACAGUAAAAUUGUGUAUGUCUUGUUCAUUCACAUUUAAUGAGGAAUUAACACCACAAAGUCAUCCUCCAGUAACCCUCGUGUUUUUCUAGUGGUGCUCCUGCCUUUUUUUUUUAAACUGAAGAAAAUCACACUUUAGGGAAAGGAAUAAAUAAGCAGUAACAUCUAUUUGAAGCUGUGCUGACUGGGAAAACUAUCUAAACUAGGACAGUUAGCAAAAUUUGUCACCGAGGUAGGAGACUGACAUUUGGGAAUGCCUUUCAUUUUUGUAUUCCUUGCCAUGAAUUUCUCAAUGCAAGGCCAAUUCAUCUUCUAUAGUGCAGUUCCUUUUCUCAAAAUGUUUUGUCGUUUAACCCUUGUUAUUCAUUCAGUUGUCCUUAAAAAAAAACCAAGGCAGAUUAAUGCAUGUUUGAUUUAAAACAAUAGUUUCCAAUGUUUUCCUUUA